AUCUAUGGUUUUAAUAAACCAUUUUAACUGCCACGCCCUUCAGGUUUGCAGAGAUAGUAGAAUGGACAAGAAAGAUGAAAUCGAGGAUGAAGUGGACAACAGCAGUCCAGUAACUGGGUCUUGCUUUGAAGGAAAACGCCGUCAUAAAGUGCAAUGGAAGGAGGUACCUUUGGGUGCUUGGAUUUUAAGUUAUUUAGGAGUCUUUAAUAUCUUACCAGCUAAAAAUUACAGGCUCUACAUUCUAAUACUGACAUUCAUAUGCUAUGCAUCGUAUCACAUGUCAAGAAAACCUUUCAGUGUUGUUGCAAAUGUCUUAGCUCCAAACUGCAACGAUAUAUUUGAAGAGUUGAAUGAGAGCAGCUUAGAAUAUGAAUAUGAUUGUAACUUUAAUGAAGGAUGGGCACCAUUUAAUGGCAGCUAUUGUAAAACUGUUAUUGGAGCUGUAGAUUAUGCUUGGUUGUUCACUUAUGCUGUCUUCAUGAUUGCAAGGUGA